CUACGCCGGUGUGUGCAUGUGUGCUUGUUGUUGUUCCGUUCACGCCCAAAAUAAAAACCGGUUUAAAAGUGUCCUACAGGUAAAUAUAAUGGCGCCGUUUACGGUGUGAUAUCCGCGGAGUAAUUACAUUCAUCCCUAACACGCAGAUAAACCGGUGUGGGGAUGGCGUCGGACGAUGUGGCCCAGCUGGCCGACUCUCUGGCCCGGGCUCAGGUGGGAGAAGGAGAACUGAGCUACAAGUCACAGGGCCUGAAGCUGGACAACGCUGAGUCUGUGCAGGAAAUAGUGAAGGCGAUUCGGGAGUUUGAGGGGCUACGCGCUCUGCGCUUGGAGGGAAACACAGUAGGAGUGGAAGCAGCACAGGCCAUCGCAAAGGCACUGGAGGACAAGCGUGACUUUCAGUGCUGUUAUUGGAGUGAUAUGUUCACGGGCCGCCUGCGCUCAGAGAUCCCUCCUGCCCUGACAUCUCUAGGUGAGGCUCUGAUAUUGGCUGGCGCUCAGUUAAAGGUGCUGGAUCUGAGCGAUAACGCGUUCGGACCUGACGGUGUGAAAGGCAUCGAGACUCUGCUGAAGAGCUCAGCGUGUCACACACUGCAGGAGCUGCGGCUCAACAACUGCGGGAUGGGCAUCGGGGGAGGAAAGAUCCUGGCAGCGGCCCUGAUGCAGUGCCACAAAGAGUCCAGUAAACUCAGCGCCCCUCUGAGGCUGAAGGUCUUCAUCGCAGGGAGGAACAGACUGGAGAACGACGGAGCCACGGCACUGGCUCAGGCCUUCCAGUUGAUGGGCAGUCUGGAGGAGAUCCACAUGCCUCAGAACGGCAUCAACCACCCCGGAGUGACGGCUCUCGCCAACGCCGUGCAGCACAACCCCCAGCUCCGAGUGCUCAACCUCAACGACAACACCUUCACCAAGAAAGGAGCCAUCGCCAUGGCCCAGGCUCUGAAGCACCUCCGCAGUGUGCAGGUGAUAAACUUCGGUGACUGUUUGGUACGAUCUGAAGGAGCCUUAGCCAUAGCCGAGACCCUGAAAGACGGCCUUCCCAUUCUCAAGGAGUUGAAUCUGUCCUUCGGGGAGAUCACAGAGGAGGCGGCUCUGGCUGUCGCGAAUGCAGUGAAGCACAAAGACCAGCUGGAGAAACUCGACCUCAAUGGUAACUGUAUCGGUGAGGAAGGAUGCGAGAACCUCCGGGAGCUCAUGCUGAACAUGAACAUGGGUGACAUGCUGGCCUCUCUGAGUGAUGAUGAUGGAGAGCCAGACGAAGAUGGUGGCGAAGAUGAAGAGGAGGAGGAGGAAGAUGACGAGGACAAGGGGGAGGAUGAGGAAGAUGAGGACGAAGAUGAUGAUGAGGAGGAGGAGGAGGAGGAGGAGGAAAAUGAGGAAGACGGAGAAGACGAGCCCAGUUCACCUAAACAGAUAUCGACUCCACCUUCAGCCCCUCACCCUCCAGACGUCUCGUCCUUCCUCUGUUUCCCGUCUCCAGAGAAACUGCUGCGUCUCGGCGACCAGAGAGUCCAGCUGAUCCAGAAACAGGUGGACGUGACAGAUGUGAGUAAGACCGUCGAAGCCUUCCUGAAGAUCUCGUCUGUGUAUAAGGAGCGGGAUCUGGAGGUGAAGGCAGCAGUGCUGGAGAGCGUCGAUGCUGUUUUGACUAAAGCCUUUUCCACACCAUCAGUCCAGACAUUCAGUUUCAUCUCUGCGUUACUAGUGAUGCUUGGUUUAUUAAAGAGUGAGGAUAAAUUAAAACCUGUGGCAGUCGUACCAGGUCACCUGCAGUGUUUGGAGCAUGCGGUGCAGCAGAAGUAUUUCCCUAAAGAGCACAUUGUUGUGCUGCAUGCCUUUUUGGCCAGACAAAACAAGUCCUUGGACUCGUGUAUCAGUGCUCGAGACAGCCUUCGCACCACCCUGCAGAGACUACUGCCCGAGAGCUAAACACACACACACACACACACACACACACACACACACACACUCCGGAUAUUUGUCUGCUCAUCAUUUUGUGUUGGAGAAUAUUGGACCUUAAAAGAAAUGAUUUGGGUGCACCUCCUGCAGGACAAAGCAGGACACUACAGGACUAAUGGACCACACACACACACACACACACACAUUUCAGACCAUCUCACACACUCAUGCACUGAUAUGUUACAUUCAUCUCAUCAUUAUCAAUAAAACUGGUCGAUACAGAAUGCUGCGGUCUGAUUGGUCAGAAGGUGGUGAUUCAUUCUGGCUUUAGUUCAGCUCCAGAUCACAGGUUUGUAUCAGAGCCCUCCUUCUAGUACCUUACCGUUUCCAUAGCAACAGAUCAUACACAAGGACUUGUUCAGCGGAUGCUCUACAUAAUCUACAGCAGAUUUUAAAUAAUAAAAUAAA